AUGGCGACACAUGAGCAAGGGUUUACUGACGCUACCAGCAACAACAACAACCAAAACGGAGACGCAUUACCGGAAGGGAGUAAAGCGACUGACAUGCAAAAUGAGUAUUUGACUCGUUACCAGACAGCUUCGAGCGUGGUUAUUCCCAGAGACGUCUUCGAGUCAAUGUACCUCUCUCCAUAUACACAGAGACUCGGACAUCUACGCAGCACGUUUGGAAACCCAACGCCAAUGCCAUUGAUGGGUUUCUUGAUCGCGUCUAUGCCGUUAGGAUGUAAUCUGAUGGGCUGGCGAGGCUCCGGUGGCGAUGGAGCAGCCAUAAUAGGACUCUUUUUCUUCUUUGGUGGAAUGCUCCAAAUCCUUGGAUGUAUCUUGGAAUGGAUCAUCGGCAAUACCUUUCCAUUCGUUGUCUUCGCUUGCUACGGUGCGUUUUGGCUGGCGAUGGGAGUAACGCUCCAGCCUGCGUUCAACGCACAAGCAUAUUACGCCUCACAGCCCGGAGGAACUGCACAGUUUUACUCGAGUUUCUCGUUCUUCUGGAUGGUGAUGGCUCUUGUCACCUUCUUCUUCUUCAUCGGCUCUCUCCGGACUAAUGUCAUAUUCGUCCUGGUCUUCCUCUUCAUCGAUCUUGCUUUCAUCAUGUUGAUGGCCACAUACUGGUCCGCCGCUGAAGGUAAAACGGCGAUUUCUGGAAAGUGUCAAAAGUCGAGCAUGAGCCUUCGUUUCGCAAGUCCGCUUCUCUCCCUCCGCCACAUCUCUGAUCAGCGAAUUGGGGCAUUUGCCGCACAUGGACAUGCUGCUGACCCGGACCUUUGCAUCUGUAACAGAACACGUCUCCCCUCGCUCUACUCGGACCUCAACCUCCAACGCACCUCCAACCCCGAAGGCCACACCGCCAAUGUCACCGCCUGGUCGUCUGCCCUGACGCGCGCCGCACUCGCGGGACAAAUCCCCCACGGUCAACACCAUCUGAUUCUGCAGACGAGCGACGAGCUGCUCAAUGCGCUGGCGAGUCCUACGUACGGGAGGCCCAGCGGGCUCGGAAGUGUAGUGGACGAAUGUGUACGGCAGGGGAAGAUGAUUGAUCUACAAGACUUUCUCGGCUCGGAGAAGAGCAUAUACUCCAGAGGUUGGAUCGCGAGUCCGUGGGCCAUUCUGCGCUGGGGCUUACAAAAGGCUGGAAUGUCGUGGAGCAGUGGGAGCUUCGACGUGAGCGGCGGCAGGUUAAAGGCUGGAAACCUCGCGUUGGUUCCAGCAUUAGAAGAGGUCUGGAAGAGAUUGUCCGCUGCAAGGGAAAAAGACACGAAAGCACAGACUCUGACUGAUAGAGUCAUGACACGGGAAACAUUCCUGAAAGACGUUAACGAUGUGCUCAACCAGGCCGGUGAGAUGACAGGGUCGCUGUCGAGUCAAGACCUGGAAGUGUUGCUCCGCUACCUCUCCCGUGACAAACAAGUCCUGUCCUAUGACAGUAGCACCGUCAAAUUCAAACCGCCGUCCUCUACAGCUAUACCUGAGCUGAUCACCCAAGAAGAUCGGUCAAUCGCAUCUCUGAAAUCGCUUAUCGAAGACCUCCACCAAAAAUCCGCGACCCUGUCCGCUCGCAUCACGGCGCUGCAAGAUCAAGCCUCGACUGCCGUGAAAACCGGCAACAAGGCCAGCGCCCUAUCGGCCCUUCGCUCGAAGAAACUCGCCGAGCGGGCGCUCCAGCAGCGUCUAGACACCCUACAUCAGCUGGAAGAGAUCUACACCAAGAUCGAAUCCGCCGUGGACCAAGUCGAGAUCCUCGCUGUGAUGGAAUCGUCCGCAUCGGUGCUGAAGACGCUCAACAAGCGCGUCGGAGGGGUCGAGCGCGUAGAGGACGUCCUGGAAAGCUUGAGAGAGGAAGUCGGCAAAGUUGACGAAGUUUCCACGGUCCUGGCAGAGCCGGUGGAUUCGAAGGCCGUCCUCGACGAGGACGAAGUGGAUGAGGAAUUUGAAGCGAUGGAGAGAGAGGAGCGCGAGAAGACGAAGAAGAUCGAGGAAGAAAAGACCAGGCAGAAGUUACAGGAGCUUGAUGCCCUCGCGCAGCUGCGCAGAGAGCGGGAAAGGGAGAGUCAAAAAGAAAGGGAAAGGCAACAGCAAGAGCAAGGCCGUGACCUCGCAAUCAAGCAACAGGACCUUGCCCAAGACAAAGACUCGGAAGAGGCCCUGUUGUCGUCGAGCAUCGAGAAAAUGCAGAGACUAGAACUUGAUGAGCGGACCGGGAACGACACGCAAAGAGAUGGGCAUCCAGAGAAGAUCGCCCAAGAAGCAUCCUAG